AUGUAUGGUGUGUCUCAGUUGAAGAAGGAGUUGGUUGAAUACACUUCCUCCCUGUUUGAAGAGGGAUUCCUAGAUGAUCAAUUUAUCCAGCUUCAGCAACUUCAAGAUGAAAGCAACCCUGAGUUUGUGGUUGAAGUGGUGACUCUCUUCUUUGAGGAUGCACAGAGGCUUCUUAAUGAGCUAGCAAAAGCACUAGGCCAAGAAAACAUUGAUUUUAAAAGGGUGGAUGCUCAUGUUCACCAGUUGAAGGGUAGCAGCUCCAGCAUUGGUGCACAGAGAGUUCAGAAAGUCUGCAUUGCCCUCCGAAACUAUUGUGAGGAGAAAAAUGUUGAAGGGUGCCUUAAAAGCUUACAAGAAAUAAGACAGGAGUAUUCCUUGGUGAAAAGCAAGUUUGAGACUCUCUUCAAGAUGGAAAAGCAGCUUUUUGCCGCAGGGGAUUCAGUUUCUAGGUAGUGAGUGAUAUGGGUCAGGGA